AUGAAUGUGUUAUUAUGCCAGGUACUUUCAUUGGUGACAAUAUUUUAAGUCCUAUUUUUCAAAUUGACCAUAUUCAAAUUGUGCAACUAAAUGUAAUUAAUACAUUUAUAAGCAGUACAAUCAAACUACACUGGACAACAAUAAAAUCAUCAGUCCAACUACUUUAUUAAUUAUGUAAAUAUUGAUUUAAAUGUAAAUUAGAAUUUUCAUUUGUUUAAUAUUAAAUAUUAUGUUUUAGGUCUGAUGAAAAAUCACUAAGUGAAUCAGAUUUACCUAAAUCCAAUAUACCUGCAAGGAUAUCUUUAGGUAUCUAAGUAUUAAAGUUAUUGGUUUAUUUUAUUAUAACUAAUUUGUUAUUUUACACUCAUUAAUAAUUUGAUUUAAUGUUUUUUUUUUUUUAGAUUCACUAAAUUAUAAUCAAUUACCUCCGUCAUCUUUACCAGUGAAUAUUCAAAUUAAUUCAACGAAUGAAAAACAUUUCAAAACGCCAGUUAGAACUUCUUUGGAUCGAUAUUGCUUGUUAUGGAUUGAUGAGUAUUUCAAAUGUCAUACAACACAUGUAGGUGCCUUUAUCUUUAUAGUUAGAUUAGUACCAACCUAUCUUAACAACUAUUCUGUUCAUUCAUAACCAAAAACUUAUAUAUUAUGUUUUUUUUCUUUGUACAUAGUUAAUGUGUUUAUUUUUGGAUACCAAACCCAAAGAGCAAUACUCAGAAUUUAUUAAGUGUUUGGUAUUUAAUGCAGUAGACACAAGAUUUCCAUACACCACAACAGGAGAAAUAUUAUGUGAACUUUUUGACCGAGAAAUUUUCAGUUUAAGACAUAUUAUUGAAGGGUCUGUGUUUCGUUCUUAAACUAUUAAAUUAAUCAAUUAAUAACAAUCUAAUUUUAUUUAUAGACUUAAUAAGGCUGUACAACAUAUAAUACCCAAUUACUGCAGUAUUUCAAGCAUGCUAAGUCGAUUAUACCUUUCCCAUUUGAGUGAUAUUUUGUGUGGGUUCUUUUAAAUAUAUAUCAUUAUUUGUCUACAAUAUUCCUUAUAUUAUUCUUAUUGUUGUUAAGUUAAUAAAUAAAACUAAACAAAAUUAUAAAUUAUUUUAUUAUAGAUCCGUUAUUAACAUCUGAAUGUCUUCAUUUUGAAUUUUCCCAUUUACUUGACAUUUCUUGUGAUGUACAGUCAGAUUAUGCUACUACUUUGUUUGUCUGCACGUUAAACAAACUUACCAAACCCGAUGUUGGAGUAAGUAUAAUAUGUUACAAUUGUUCAAUAAUAAAGAUACUGAAUGAACUUCUUAUGUUUUUUGUGGUUAUUUUUAUUAAGGCAAUUCAUCCACGAAUAAAUUUGUUGUAAACUUAACUAGCUAAUAAAUAAUUAUUAAAAUUUAAUAUAUUUAAUAUUUAGCAAGUUGGUGGAAUUGCGUGGAUAUAUAAUAAAUGGUGGAAAUCAAAACAUAUUCUGCUCAACAAUUUUAUAGCAUACAAUGUUAUAAGUAAAUAUUAUAUUGAAGAUGUAAGUUUUAAAGUUUUCAAAAAAUUUAAGAACUCCCAUGUUGUUAUAAUAACUAUAUAUUAUUAAAAUAAUUUUAGAUAUCUGGAUUAUUUAUUUUGUCUAUUUCUAUGUUUAAUGUAAUGGAUCAUGCUGAAAUAAAUGAAACAUUCUUGAAAACUCUAGACUGUUGGAUUAAUGUAAGUUGUAAAUUUUAAAACUGAAAUAAUUCUAUUUAUUUUUUCUAAUCGAUGUAUAAUUUUUUCCUAUUUAGUCAAAUAUCAGUGCAAAUAUAAUGAACAGUCCUCAGUUUAUACGGGCAUUAGCAAUAGCAGUCAUCAUCACAUGUAUAG